AGGAAAGCGAGCCGCUUGUCGAUCUCUUGCUCUCCCCUUCCCAUCUCCCACUCAUCUACACGACCCUCUCUCCUACACUACACCAAUGGAGUCUCGUACGAUGGAGCACCGCAGAGCCAAUUACAAGAACAUGGGCGGCCUGAAGCAGGAUGACCUCAGGCGUCGGCGCGGUGAGCAGCAGGUGGAGAUCAGAAGGCAAAAGCGCGAGGAGAACAUCGCCAAGAGGCGUAACUUUCUCCCUGCCGCUGGCCCUGACUCGGACGACGAGGGUGGCACGGGCAGCUGGGAGCCUCCUCUUGCGGAGGAAAUGAUCUCUGGUGUCUUCUCCGACGACGGCGAUCGCCAGCUCGAUGCAACCACCAAGUUCAGAAAACUGUUAUCCAAGGAACGGAACCCUCCUAUUGAGAAGGUCAUUGAGUGUGGCGUUGUUCCGCGGUUCGUUGAGUUCCUUCGAACUGGCGCUUCGAUGCUCCAGUUCGAGGCUGCGUGGGCGCUUACCAACAUUGCAUCCGGCACCGCCGAACACACUCAAGUUGUUAUUGGCGCCGGUGCCGUCCCCGAGUUUAUCAACCUGUUAUCUUCCCCCGUCUUAGAUGUUCGGGAGCAAGCUGUGUGGGCUCUCGGGAACAUCGCUGGCGAUAGCCCACAGUGCAGGGACUAUGUCCUCCAACAGGGCGCUCUCCGGCCGCUAUUGACUCUGUUGAGCGAAAACCAUAAGCUCAGCAUGCUGAGGAACGCUACCUGGACGUUGAGCAACUUCUGCCGAGGCAAGAACCCACAGCCUGAGUGGGAGUUGAUUUCUCCGGCGCUAACUGUUUUGACUAAACUGAUUUACUCUUUGGACGACGAGAUCUUGAUUGAUGCUUGCUGGGCUAUCUCAUAUCUUUCAGACGGGUCGAACGACAAAAUCCAGGCCGUCAUCGAGUCGGCAGUUUGCAGGAGGCUCGUCGACUUGCUGAUGCACCAGUCAACUUCCGUUCAGACGCCUGCUCUGCGCUCGAUUGGCAACAUCGUCACUGGCGACGAUCUGCAAACGCAGGUUGUUAUUGCCUCUGGCGCUCUUCCGGCUCUCUUGUCUCUCCUUUCUUCUCCGAAGGAGGGUAUUCGCAAAGAAUCUUGCUGGACUAUUUCGAACAUCACUGCCGGCUCACCACCGCAAAUCCAAGCCGUCAUUGACGCCAACAUUAUUCCUCCUCUCAUCAACAUCUUGUCAAAUGCGGAUUUCAAGACGCGCAAAGAAGCGUGCUGGGCUAUUUCCAACGCAACAUCUGGUGGACUGCAGGAGCCCGCGCAGAUCCGCUACUUGGUUUCCCAGGGAUGCAUCAAGCCACUGUGUGACUUGCUCACCAUGAUGGACAACAAAAUUAUCCAGGUCGCUCUCGAUGGCUUGGACAACAUUCUCAAAGUAGGAGAAAUGGACAAACAGGCCGCCGGGCCCGGGGCAGUCAACCAGUAUGCGCUAUACGUUGAAGAGGCUGGCGGUAUGGUCACGAUCCAUAACUUGCAAUCACAUGACAACUUGGAGAUCUACAAGAAGGCGUUCAACAUCAUGGACAAGUACUUCCCAGACGAGGAAGAGGUUGAUGGGGCCAUCAAUGCCCCCAGCGUCGACGCCUCUGGCACCUUUGCUUUCCACUCAGAUGUCAGUGCACCUCAAGGAGGAUUCAGCUUCGGCCAACAGUGAUAUGCUAGACAUCAAUAUUAUUUCCCUUUUCUACUGUACUUCUUGUUCGUUGACACCGCGCCGCUUUCUUCCUGCUUCUUGCCACAUCCAUCAUGUCUCCAUUUACUAUAUCACACAGAGCACUCAUGUAUUGACGCGUCUCAAGGACGCAUUACAUACAGCUACGUACACGUCUUUGAGGUACAACAUGGUUUGAAUGAUAUCAACGUAGCCUUC